AUGUCGGCCUACAUCAACCAGCCACACAUCAAAAAGGCCCUCAAGCUCCCCCCCUCCUACAUCUUCCAAGACGUCGACAUGGUCCUCAACUCCGCCUACGUCCUCUCCAAAGACCCCUUCCGCACCACGACCCGCGAGCUCGCCCGCAUCCUCGACGCCCACCUCACCCCCCAGCUGGGCGACAUCCGCGUGCUGGUCCUGCAGGGCAACGAGGACUACAUCGUCAACACGCCCGGCAACAUCUGGGCGUACGAGAACCUGCGCUGGAGCGGCCUCGCCGACUACCGCCUGGCGCCGUGGCGGGCGCUGCCGGAGAGCACGGCGGCCACGGGGUCGUGGAAGAGCUCCGGCCGGCUGGCGUUUGUGGCCGUGGACGGGGCGGGACAUACCGUGCCGGGGGAUGUGCGCGAGGGCAGUUAUAGGAUUGCGCAGGAAUGGCUCGAGGGGGGAUGGAGGGCGUGA